UUCAAUACCGACUAAUUACAUCUCCGGCGUUAAAGACUCCAAACUCGAAUCGAAAAAAUGGCGAAAGGAGGAAACAAACUGAUGAAGCUGAAGUCAGUUUUGAAGAAGUUCAACUCAUUCAACAGUACCAAGAUUAACCAACCAUCGUCGGCUACAGCCAGUCACGGCCGAUCCUCAGCGGUGAGUGCAUUUCCCUCUGAAUAUCUUCAAACUGUCUACGUUGGACGAACACGUCGACCAUACCGUGUGAGCUCUGACGUCGUGAGCCACCCGCUCUUCCAGCAGCUAGCCGCGGUUGAUGGCGGCGAGGAUGGUUCGAUCUCCGUGUCUUGUGAAGUUGUCUUGUUUGAGCAUUUGCUUUGGAUGUUGGAGAACGCAGACGCAGACGAAUCAUGCCCUGAGUCAGUCCACGAACUCGUCGAGUUCUACGCAUGUUAACUUCUUCUACCAUUAA